AUGGAUGAAGAACCACGCAAAUGGCCUGAUCUUGUUGGUAAAGAUGGCAAAGAAGCCGUUGAAAUAAUUAAAAGAGAUACUGGUUUUACACAAGUUCAUGUUGUACCACCAAAUUCAAUGGUUACCAUGGAUUAUCGGCUAGAUCGGGUUAGAGUUCAUGUUGAUGAACAAGGCAAAGUAGCAUAUCCACCAACUGUUGAUAUUUUAUCAUCUCGAUCGUUGAAAAUAUUCGAUCAUAAAAGAUGCCUUCACAUAAGACACUCAAAAUAA